AUGAUGUCUCAAGUUCAUCACGAGGUGAUCAUUAAUAAUUUCAAAUACGAUGAAAAUUCUAGCUCACCUAGUAUUCAUUGGAGAGAGCCUGUAUUUGAAUAUCGUUAUGGAUUAUUUCCUUUCUCAAAGGAUGAACUCUUGCUUCAUAUCCGAAAAGAAAUAACGAAUAUCAAUCAUCAAAGUACGGCAGAGAAAAUUUAUUAUUCUGAUGAAAAUGUGAGAGGAGUUUAUAUGUUUGGCUCUAGGGUUUCGAAAACAAAUGUCAAUGAUUCUGAUUUUGACAUGCUAGUAAUAGUUGACGAGUUGCAUUCAGAGAUGGCUAAAGAAGGAGGCUAUUCAAGUAACAUGCAAUACAUGCUACACUCAUCAAUUGAAUGUGAGGUGAAAAACAAAAGCAGUGUCAAUGUUGUGGAGAAGUUUGAAAUUGAAGUGCAUUUGAUGAGUACAUAUUUCUUUGUGGAAUAUGUCUAUUCAGAACUUCCAAUAUUCAUGUUGAGCGCCCAACAACCAAACGCCGAUUAUGUUCUGUAUGAAUGUGCGAGAAUGAAACUAUGGAGACAACACUGGAAUCAAUGGUUUCUGAGGAUUGCGAGAGCAAAAAAUUCUUUCUUGCACGAAUUGAAGUAUUGUUUCAACAAAUCAUCUCGAUUUUGGAACGGCUUGAAAAAUGGAAUUUUCACAACGGAUCAUGGAAGAAAGAGCGCCUUAAAAAAGGUGAAAAAGAAUUUAGCUCAUGGUAUAAGGUACUGCAAAUUUGCAUAUCAAAUAGUUUUUGGAGGGUGUAUUUAUGAUUACAAAGAGACAAACAAAGUGUAUGAUGAUAUUGUUUUUAACACUGACCAUUACAAAACCUGGGAAGAAUACAAAAUCCAUGCAGAGCAGCAUUACAACAAGUGGAAUAUAGAAUUCAAGGAUGAUUUGAAAAAUGUUGUUAAAGAUGCUUUGGAGAAUAUGAAAAAAAUUAGCCCAAAACCUGGAUCAUUAACUAUUGUUGAAUUUUUAAAUCGCUACUUGGCUUGCUUUAAAGUGAAUGGAACGUUUAUUGACACCAACAAUAACGUGAUUCUUCGCCAUACUUUCGAUAAGAAUUAUUCAUUUCAAUAUUGCCACGGACCCUUCUCUCUAAUGCGACUUUUUGCCAUCAAUGUAACGCCAAUUGAUUGGCAUGACAAUCCUAAUAAGGCUAAACUAUUCAAGCUGAACAUGGACUGGAAGUACAUCAACUUGGAACUCGCUUCGGUAUUUUAUGAAGUGUCAUCCUAUUUAGAGUGUAAUGGAACCAUUGUUGGAAUUACUAACAAAGAUGGAGGUCAUGAACAAUCCAUACAAGUUGAAUAUUAUCCUGUAAGCAUUUCAAGACGUUAUUUAGAAGAAUAUGAAAACCUUUCCAACCGUCAUGCAAAUAUUGAUUUCACCAAAAAUCUCUGCAAAUUCUCCAUCUAUGUGAAACCUAGGGGAAUUACAUGCGAAUUGUUUUAUUUCGAAAAUCAAUGGCAUUUCACUCUCGAUACAGAGAAAGAAGAAUGGAUUUAUUGGGUUGCACAACCUAGAGAAAACGACGAAAAAAAGCAAUUAUUGGGGAUGUUGAAACAACUUCCAAGCGUGGAAGACUCUCAUAUGACAUUUUACUUCAUUCUUCAAAAGAAAACAAAUCGGCUUAUUUUUCGAGGGUGUAGAGAUUUAACAACAUUGCGUGAAUGUUAUGACUGGAGAAAGUAUGGAGAAAAAUAUGGAUGGCAAGACCAGGUAGAACAACUGUCGAUUAUUGACACGACUAGCGUCUCUGAUUUAACCGAUCUAAUUAAUAACUUUUCUAGAUAUUCUCCAUCUGAUUUUGAAGGAUUAGAGUUAAUUAACUAUUCAGAAGAGUACCAAAGCUUUUCCAUUCUGUCUUCUAUUCAUGCCAAUAUACCCAACCUAAGAAUAUGCAACGCCAACUACAUGCUCAAUCUUCUUAAUCCAGAAAUUUUCCAAGAUCCUCCUGACGAGCUUACUCAGUCCAAAUAUAACGAAUCCAGAUUAUUGAAGGUCAUUGUUCAAAGUUUAUAUGCGCAAGAUAUCUCUGAAGAAUUUGUCAUUCAAGAAUUGAACCCACUGUUUCUAGUUCCCUACACAAAGAUGAAGACCGCCUAUCUUCAACUGUGUGAAUUACUCGAUCAAUUUUAUAGGGAUAACCUCCUUUCCAAGGAAGGCGAUAUUGAAGCUUUCAAUAGCACAGCCAUCACCUUUCCUUUAAAUCAGAACAAAAUCACUGGUCUAUUUCACAAUCUCAAAAGGUUCUACAAACAAGCUAAGAUUGUGUCAGCAUCGAGCUAUUGGAGAAAUUUAUUUAUUUACAAUGCUGAAGGAAAGGAUUUUGUCUCUCAGUCACGCUGUUUACUUGAUCUACUAUCAGCUUUCGAGAAGCUGCAAAGCAAGUGA